AUGGUCUCAUCCCACUUUGAGUCUGAAUUUGCCACCGACAAGGAGACUCGCUGGUGUCUCCGGUGCUUGAAGUGGUACGCCGGCAAGUCCAAGAACAAACGCGGGCAAGAGUGCCAGGAGCUUGAUUUCACGUGCAGCGGAGCUUCGGGGGAAGACAGAUGUGAGCGGUGCGCGAAGUUGGGAAAGUGCCUUAUCAUCCCUCCGUCGCAGUGGCUUCGCGCCCAAAAUGUCAUCGCUCGUCGUCGCGCAAUCUUGGAGUUGCGCCAGCUUCAUCCCGACGCGGAGAUUAGCCCCGACGAUACUAGCGCUGUAGUGCGCGCCCUUGCAGCUGUCCAGUCUGGCACCGAGAAUUACUACAGCCGUCUCGAGAAGAACGAUGAUAAGGACGAUGAUAGCGACAGCGAUGAUACCCACGAACAAGACGUCCGCGCCGGCUCCUUACCCACCGAUGCUGAUACUCGCCCUCGACGCUCCGUGCCUACCGUGAACUACUCUCGGUCCGCCUUGUACCCCGCCGAGACACUCAAGGCCUUUCGCUCGGCAGGCAAAGACAGGGUCUCUUCGAAAACCUCCGCAUCGAACCCCGCAGCCGCCCCCAUCUCUCGCCCCGUCAGUCGCCAGACUCCCAUUCUACCUAGCGCAGGUCCGGCUGAGCCCGUCCCGGCUGGCUCAGCAGUCCUGGACCCCGGCAGUAUUGCCGGCGCCCUCGCCGUCUCUCGGCAUGCAACACCGGCACCCGCUGCUGCCAUGGUUUCCCCAGACCGAUUCGCGCGAGUCAUAGAGGCCAUCGGCGAGGUGUCCCGUCUGACGGCCGCUCGGAAUGAGGCCAUCAACCGCUUGGGAGAGGCAUUCUUCGACGCGGUUGUGCCAGGAGAGCCCGCACCUGUCGCACGUCUAUUGGACGAUCAGGUGCAAGAUGUCCUGAGAAUGCUGGGCCACGCCGGUGGGAACGUUGGGAAUGAGUGA